AUGGAGAUUAUCACAUUAAGGAAACCAUGGCUUUUCGACCUGCGCUCAUCCAAACAACUGAUCGGCCUUGCUGUCUUCUCGACCACCUUUACUGAUGGAUUCCUUUACGGGAUCAUCGUGUCCGUGCUUCCUUUCUCUCUAACAGUUCGGUCCGGAGUGCCAGAAGCUGAUGUCCCAUUCUGGACAUCAAUGUCUUUGGCUGUCUUCGGUCUCGCAAUGGUACUUGGUGCCCCAAUAGCAGGUUUGAUUGUUGGGAAAUGUGAGAGGCGCCAAAUACCAUUCUUAGGACUUUCUUGUGCAUUUGGUGCCACACUUUUGUUCAUGCUUGGAGUCGAGCCAUGGGUGAUUAUCGUGGCAAGGAUUUUCCAGGGUCUGUCCGCGGGAGUCGUCUACACUGCCGGCUUAACGCUGUUGGUGGACACGAUCGAGUCGCACGAGCUGGGACCCUGGAUUGGCUUCGGACUCUCGGGCAUGAAUUUUGGGGUACUCGUAUCACCCACUCUCGGAGGAAUUGUAUAUGAAAAAGUAGGGUUCUAUCCUGUCUUCAUCAUGGGUCUUGGCGUGGUGCUCGUCAACUUGGUCCUCAUUCUGCUCAUGAUCGACAGAAAGACUGCUGCAAAGUAUAGAGGGCAAGGCGAUCCAACUAAGUGUUCUUCCCUUCCGAAUGGAAACUCAACGAAAAGUGCCAUUGCUAAUGGCAAACGGCGACUAUCAACUGUUGAAGAUGGCGAUCCAACUAUCACAACACCGCUUCUCUCACGCUGCCGUGAGACAUCUCCGGCUGCAAAAGAUCCUUCUUGGUGGACUAUUGUCGGAGGCUUUCUUCAAAAUCAUCGCAUAUGUGCUGCGUUAUAUGGAAGCCUCAUCAACACUAUCUUGGUGAGCGCCAUGGAUGCCGUCCUCCCGAUUUUCAUCAAACAGACCUUCCACUGGUUUUCCGGUGCUACGGGGGCCAUGUUUCUGAACUUAGCCAUCCCAUCAUUGAUAGGUCCAUUUGUUGGGUUGGUCUCAGACAAAUACGGCGUCCGAUUGAUCUCCGGUCUCGGGUUUACGUUGGCAGCUGUAGCAGUUGCUUCCCUCGCUCUGAUACAACACAAUGAUGCUAUAAACAAGGUCAUGGCGUGUGUAUUAUUGUCUUUUGUUGGAAUAGGACUUAAUAUAUCGCUGACCCCAUUGGUUGCGGAGAUACCUCGCAUUGUGAAUACCAUUCAAGAUGAACAACCCGAUAUAUAUGGCGAUAAGAGUGCCGUCACGGAGGCCUAUAUGCUCCUUGAUGCGGCAUUUGGCGCUGGCACUGUCCUCGGCCCAUUGCUUUCAGAGCUUGCGUUCGAAAAUUUGGGAUGGACUGGAUGCACCGCCAUGCUGGGGUUUCUGAGUGUGUCGGCCAUAGUUCCAGUGAUGGUUCAUUUGGCUCCAAAUCCGAAACGCCGGUAA